AUGGCAGCUUGGAUUGCAGAUCGAGAGAGAGACUACCGUGACUUCGGCAAGGGGCAGGUGGUGCUGGGGCCUGUGGUUGCGGAUAGCAAUAGCUGGACCAUAUGGGAGGGAAACAGGUGCACGGUCUACACACUGGUUUACUACGAUCGUGCCAGUGGUGCAACGGAAACUAACCCCUCGCGUUAUAUUUGCAGUUGUCUUCUCGAUACCUUCGCCAUCCCCGGCUAUGUCGCAUGUGCAUCCGUACUUGUAUUUCUCCUCCAAUUUACGCUCCAAAAACUCUAUUCGAAAUCCAAUGCUGCAGAAAUUAGUGACAGUGCAGAGGCCGAUUUUGACGACGUGAUAGAAGCAUCAAACAUGAUGGCCGCGAGCCUGCAGCCGGUCGACACAUCUAUCCGAAUCUUCAACGCCGUACGGCUCGCGGGGUGUCUCGCGCUGCUCGGAAUGACCAUCUAUACUGCAUACACUAUGGGAUGGGGCGACAUGACAGAGAAACUGCAGCUCAACAUUUUUUGGUUGCAUCUCGCGCUCUGUGUAACAUUUACAUACUCCUCGCUCCUUGCGCUGCAUUCGAUUCUCGCCGCGCCUUCGACGAUAGGCACGACGACACGCCAUCUCGCGGUCGUUCUCGCAUCUACAUGGCUUGUCUACAUCUACCGUGACGCCUGGCCGCUCGCGACAGUCCCACUCACCCCUGUAGAUGCGGCCGAGGGCACACUACUCUGGGCGAAGCUCGCCAUGCUCACACUUGUUGCUGUAAUUGUUCCUUUGCUCAUUCCCCGGCGAUAUGUCCCGCUCGAUCCCAAGGUGUGA